GGCACUCCAGGGCAGCGCCCAGGUCCGGCUGUACCACAGCACCAGCUACGAGCAGCUGGCAGAGGCCGACAUCACCCCCCCUGUGCACAAGAUGCUCGCAGGCUCGGACGCCAUUAUCCGGCAGCACAAGGCCGCCUGCCUGCGGAUCACGGCGCUCCUGGUGUGCAAGGACCUGCUGUGGAUCGGGACGAGCGCCGGCGUGGUGCUCACCCUCUCCGUGUCCCCCAAGGCCGCCCCCACGCUCGUGGGGCUCUCCCAGGGCCACACAGGCCACGUCCGCUUCCUCACAGCCAUCGAGCUGCCCGACGGCUUCGACGUCCUCUUCCCGCUGCCCCGGGACACGGGAGCCAUCGGCUGA